AUGUAUGACCACCAAGUAUUGCCAGGUGUGAUUCAAGAGGCCUCUAAGAAAGAAGCCAGGUCCUGUGCAAUGGUUUUCAUGUGGCACAGACGUUUCAAAGAUGGCGGCGAGAAUGUUGAAGACGACGACCACUCUGGGAAGCCAUCAUCAAGCCGAACGGAUCAAAAUGUGGAGAGAGUGAGGGAACUUUUAAACAAUGACCGUCGUCCUAGUACUAGAUUAAUUGCUGAUGAACUGGAUUCAGUCAGAGUACGGAAUACGGUGUGGAAGAUUAUGACGGAGAAUUUGAAUUAUGCGAAAAGUGUGUGCCAAACUGGUGCCAAAAGUUUUGUCGGUGGAUCAGAAGAAACGGCGCAUGACUGUUUGCCAGGAAAUGCUCCAACGGUUGAAUGUUAA